AUGCGCUUCUCCAUUAUCGCCGCUGCCGCUGCAUUGAGCUCUACAGCUCUGGCCCAAGGUCUUCUUGACCAGAUCCCGCAAUGUGCUUCGGAUAUCGCUGCGACCACUCAGUUCGGUGUCGAGAUUUGCAAACUCCAGAACAUCGACGUCAACACCCAACCCUCAUGCCCGUCUGGCAGCGCGACAGCAUCCGGCAGCGCGACACCGUCUGGCAGCGCGACCCCUUCUGCGGGCAACUCCUCUGUCACACAAGUGUCUGGCACCGCCUCCAUGACCCCUUCAGGAAGCGCCUCCGCCACUUCAGCAUCAGCGGCUGGCAACACUGGAGCAGCGCCAAUCCAGACCGCAGGCGCGGGAGUCGGUCUUGGACUUGCCAUGGUCGGACUGCUCGCUGCUUUGUAG